AUGGAAUAUGCUUUGACGAUAAAUAAUAUUCAAUACAACAAAACAGUGAUUUUCCGCAAAUUCGGAGACAUUGCGAAAUGCGCUUAUUAUACUCCACACGGUAACGAUCCAACAACAGUCGCGCAUGUCUCUAUUUCCAAUUUUCACCCUGAUCCUUUGAUGAUUCUUUCUGCGACGGUCGAAUCCCCAUAUUUCUCCGUAAAAGAAUUUUUCCCUCAAGUGGUCGGCAACAAAAACUACUCGGAAGAAUUUUUCAUUACGUUAAACAAAAAUUUCGACAUUUUAGAACAACAACUUUACUUAAUUGUCCAAACAAACGCUUCCAGGCACAAGUUUCCCAUCAUACGACGUCCAAUGCCUAUCGAAAUUGCCUCAAAUACCUUAAAUGUCUCGAUUGACUCACAUACCAAUUUAAUUAAGUUCGACAGCGUCUUCAAUAUGUCAUCGAGGACAUUGUCGUUCAGAGUAAAGAACAAUAACCACGCCAGAAUAUUUUUAAAGAACGUAUUUACUAGAUUUCCCUGUAUUUUAGUAGAAAGAAUCGAUCCCUACUCAGAUGGAGCCAUCGAACCAUUCCAGACAUUAAUUGUAUGGGUGAGAAUCACUUUCGUGGCCUUUUGCAACACAAAUACAACAAUUACUUUCAAUUUCGAACACAAGAACGUUUCAAUUGGCCUAUUAUACAAUCUACUCCCAGGAACAAUGAAAUUGGACAUAGCUUUACGUAACAAUUUCAUUAUCGGAGCAGAUUAUGAAGGAUAUAUCACUGUAAAGUCAGAAUUUGCAGACAAAUUACGUAUUAUCGAUAUCCAAGCAAACUACCCUCAAGUAAUACCUCAUAAAAUGCCGCUUGUAAUUACAAAUUACUCAAAUUUUGUUAUUGCAACGUAUAAUAUCUCUCUUGACGAGAAUUUCCCACUUACAGCUGGAUUUUUCAAUAUACUGAGAGAGAAUGAUACAUUCGAAACCCAGAAAAAGCGUUGGAAAGAGCUUUGGACAGGAAAUUUCGUAUUUCCAAUUGAAAUCAAGCUCAGACUUGAAAACGGCUUCUAUUUCAUGGCCACCAUGGACGGUAAUAUCUCGCACGCGGCCUUUCCGCAGGGAAUUAUCGAUUUCGGAACAAUUCAUGCGGAUGAAAUCUUCUGUAAGUCGAUAAAUCUACAUAAUCCGUUCACCAGGCCAAUUGUCUUCACAUUUCACGAUAUUGUGAAUGAAACGAACCCGAAAUUCAACAUAAAACACCGAAAAAUUAUUUCUAUUGACAGCCACGAGACGAAGGAGUUCAUGCUGACGUUCGAGGGUACUGUUCCCGGCAAGUACAACCUGGAAAUACCGGUCAUGACCAACUGUACACCUCCUUUUACGAUAAUAAUUUCGGCGAAUGUAGAAUAUCCUCGAGUUCGGUUCAGUAAUGAAGAUCACAACAUGGUAACCAGUAUAGAAUUUAUUGUUGGUGACGAUCAGCAGUACAUGUUGAAUAAAUGGACGAAAUGCGUUUAUGUGACUAAUAAUGCGUUCUCUCCUAUCUCGAUGAAUAACUUGUACAUCACUCCCAACACGUUCAUUUCAUUCCGAGCCAAUAAAACCAGUUUGCAGCCUUACCAGACGACAUCUGUCUGUUUCGACUUCUCAUUGUGGCUUUUCGACUCGGACAAGACCGAAGGAAACAUUUCUUUCACGGUCCUCGCCCAGCAUUACUUGUAUACGCUCCCAAUUUACGUUAAAAUUAGUGAUAAAGCCGUAAAACAAGUAAAUGAAGCAGUAAACAAGACGAUGAAGGUUAUUUCGACGAUAGGACUGAUGUCACCUUUUGUGUCACUUUUGAUAAGUAUUACUGUAUUUAUUUGGUUCCGAAAAGACAUGAAAUGGCGCGAGAGGAGAGUACAUAGAGCUGCCAAACAAUACAGUGUUAAAGAGUACACAACUGCUGAAGUUCAGAAAGAUGAUUUGACUUCAAAUCCAAAGACUCAGUGGGUGAAGAGAAGAAACUGGACUCCGAAGUCUGCAAAUGACGCAACAAUUGGACUUAUGGCACAACUUAUACAAUAA